AUGUUUCUCUUCAACCACCUUCGGUCGAACAUCCAAAAACAGGCCACCGAGAUGCCGCCAGCGCUCAGCGACGAUGAAAUGUCCGAUCUUGGGCCUGCGCGCGCUCGGUCCUGGUCGGGCAGCGACGAGGGCGCCUUCGUGAGCGGCGACGAGGCCCCGGCCAGGUCCAACGGCAGGGCCAAGCAGCGCGCAGCCGACGACGACGACGAAGAGGCCGGUGAGGGGGCCGAGAAAGAGGAUGAGGGCGACGAGGACGACGAGGACGACGAGGAUGAGGAGGGCGACGAGGGUGAGGACCUUGGCGAGGACGAGUUCAUCGUCGAGGCGGUCAAGAAGCACAUGAUUGACGACGACGGCUCGCUAAAGUUUCUCGUCAAGUGGGAAGGCUGGGAGAAGAAGAGCGACAUGACGUGGGAGCCCGAAGACAACCUCGUGGAGUCGGCCUCGGAGGUACUCGACAACUACUUCGACUCCAUCGGCGGCCGCGACACCAUCUUCGAGGAGACGGAGACGGCGUCGCGCCGCAAGAAGCGCGGCAGGAUGUCGAGCGGCACCGCGGCCGCGGCGGCGACGACGAAGCGAGCCCGCAAGGACGGCAGGCACCCGGCCGACUCGACGCCGCCGGCGACGACGGCGAAAUGGAGCCCCCCGGCGGGCUCGUGGGAGGACGAGAUCGAGUCCAUCGACGCGUGCGAGGACGAGGGCAGCGGCAAGCUCAUUGUCUACCUCAUCUGGAAGAACGGCCGCAAGACGCGGCACGACACGGCGUGCAUCUACAAGAAGUGCCCGCAAAAGAUGCUGCAAUUCUACGAGAGACACGUCCGCAUCGUCAAGGACGGCAGCGAGAAGCAGCGGCCGAAAUCGGCCGCUGCGGCGCGCGCCGUCGACUGGGAGGGAUCCAUGUCGCGACCGGCGGAUUCCAUCCUUGCUCUCGGCUGCCAUCUUCCUCGCGCACAGAUGCGCCUGUCCGGCCGCGAGAAGGGACGGUCGAUUCGCGACGACGGCGGCAACGAGCACAACGGGAGAGGGUGCCGGCAUCACUCGUCCUCGGCUUGCGUGCAAAAGCAAGCAAUACCGUGUGCUGCAGGCGCAGAGCGCGGCGCGCGAGGCUGGGAGGCCCUCCGAGACGAAUCCGGCCGCGUGAGGCACAGCGGCGGACAAAACGGUAGCAGUAAUACUACGUCGGUAGGUUCACCAGCGACGGGUGAAGGUGACGGUGACGGUCUUCCGUUUGGUGCGCCUGUACCUACUGUAGGUCCGUCCAUCCGUCACUCGUACCGCCGAUUCAUUCUCGACAAAAUCCCCUUGUUCAUCGAGACAUCCUCAUCUGCCAUCCAUCAUCUCGCCGGCCUGCCGAUUCGUGAGACCAAUCUUCUCACCCUCCCGCCGUGGCCAAUCGACGUUGUUAUUGGUGCUGACGGUCCCUUGAUUGAUAGCCGCCGACGCCUCGGCGACCUCGACGUUCCAAGCAACAUCCAUCUCCAGGAGAAACUAUACGGGCCGGUAUCGCGAGCGAUUCGGUCGCCGACGCCCCUCCUCCUCCUCCUCCUCCCCUCCUCCUCCUUCUCCCCUCCUCCUCCUCCUCCCGCAACCCCGAAUUCGCAUCCGAAGGCGGCCGACGCGAUGGUGCAACGAAACCACGUCAUCGCCAUCAUCAUCCUCGUCCUCUUCGUCAUCCUCGCCGGCGUCUCCUUUGGCAUCUGGAAGGUCGUCCAGAUCGCCCGAAAGGACUUUAGCGUCGAAUCAGGCGGCACCAGCUCGACGGGCACGUCGGAUCUCGUCGACGACGAUUGA